AUGUCUCAGCAGUCGGGGCCGAUGGACGAAUUCUUAUCCACCCCACACUGUAUGGCCGGCACACGAGGCCUCGACAAAAUGGCGCCCGGCUCGCCGGGAUCGAGCAGCAGGGCGAGCUCCACACAAGACUCCCCACGGAGGGAUGCCCUCACUCAGAUGUCCGUAGAACUGGCGGCUAUUUCAGCAAACAUGCUUACCAGGCAGGACAAGAAAGAACUAGUGGCUGAACUCCGCUUAGCUAUCCGGGAGGAAGUAGCUGCUGUUCGGCAAGACCUCACCGCUCUGGAACACCGGGUAGAUGAACUGGAGGUCCAACGGCUGCAGGCAGAACAACACCAACGGGCUACAGACCUAGCAACCUCGCGGCAGGGUAACCUCCUUCUGGAGCUCAGACGCCAGGUGGAGGACCUUGAGAACCGCGGACGGCGCAAUAACAUCCGCGUCAGAGGUCUGCCGGAAUCUGAAGGAGAAUCACCAAGAGAGAUCCUAGAGGGCCUGUUCACGCAAAUACUGGGGGAAGAAGCACCGCCGGAUUUUGGAUUAGAGCGUGCCCACCGUGCACUUCGACCACCAAGGAGAGAUGGCCUCCCUAGGGACUUGGUAUGCUGCUUCCAAUCCUUUCAGCUGAAGGAAACUAUUAUGAGGGCGGCUAGAACGCUGCGCACCAUCAACUACAUGGACUCGCAUGUUUCCCUGUAUCACGACCUGUCUCCCCUCACCCUCGAUGCCAGAAGAGCGCUGAAGCCACUCACAGGCCUCCUACAGCAGAAGCGGAUCCACAUAUAAAUGGGGAUUCCCAUUUAGCCUGCAGGCUAGAGUGGAUAACCGCUGGCUUGCGGUCCGCUGGCCUAACGACGUGCCCAGAUUCCUGCGAGCAGCGGGCCUUCCGGAGAUUCCUGUCCCUAACUGGAUCCUGGACAAUCCACCGACCAGACCCACGGGCCCUACAGUUCCGGCCGAGAACCAGGUAGAUGGUGUCCAGCAGAGCUCCUCGACACGCCGGGAUGGGCCCAGCGCCGCGGAGGAGUAG